AUGGCGGCGUCGAUCGGCCACGGCGGCGCGUGGGCCAGUCACUUUGAAGGACGCGACCGGCGCGCCACCUCGCUGCCCGAUAUCGACUCCAAGCUCGGCCGCAAGCUCUCCGACACGCCCGCGCAGCUCUCCCGCGGCGUCGUCUUGUAUAUCCCGAGCCACCCGCCCGCCCUGCACCUACCGCUAUACGAUGUGGGCGCCGAGUACGCGCGUGCCAUCCGCGGCGAGCCGGUCGGUGGAAGCAGGUACAAGAUCAACCUGGCGUCCAUGCAGAAGCCCUCCGGGGACGGCACCGGCAUCGGCGAGGUCCGGUACCUCGUCGACUUUGAGCCCGGGUUAACCCUGGGCAGGGCGGCGGUGGAGCGCAGGCACAUCGGAGUCGAGAGCGUUAGAGUGAACCUGGCACUGCCGUCUGAGCCGGAGGAUCCAUUUACUGUCGAGAGGGAAACCACCGGGGUCAAGUGGACCAUCGAUAGCAGUUUUCCAUUGCCUGACACUAUCGCCGCUGGGAUGGUCCAUCGCGCACCAUACUUCACUAUAUCGGCGCCGGCGGCCGAGCCACUGAUCCCAAUAUCAGAUAAUGUGGUCCGUCGGCCAGCUCUGCAGUGGCAGAUUCACCCGAGAGAGCACGGCAAUCUGCGAUACACCCUCGUCGACACUCGUCUGGCCCCGUCUCUUUCGGCGGUCGACGACGCGAAUGACGCCGUGUACGCGAUAUACCACCACAUAGGCCUCGGUGCCUCCUUGGCCCUCAAUCACAGCGAAGGCGUCCUGCUGCUUCGGGAAGGCCUGAGCAUGGAGGAUGAGGCUGUCAUCGUGGCGUCGCUUCUCGGUCUGCUGUGGCAGGUGCGAGGAAUGCGUUUUCAGUACAAGAAGCUGAGGGCAUUCAUGGAAGAGGCUCGCAAAAAGGAAGACAAGAAGAAGGAUGUGAAGAAGGACAAGAAGCAGCCGUUCCUGGGGAAGCUGUUUGGUAAAAGGGGGUCUGUUUGA